AUGUUUGACAGUUCUACACCAGCUUCGAUAGAGCAAGCAGAGGAAAAACAUAGGAUUAGAAUUCACAAAGACUCCGAGUUCCAGGUAUUUGCAAAAUCGGUAAAAACUGUUUUUUUUUAUUUGAAUACCUAAGUCGUGCGAAAAAAAGAUAAUUAUGAUAAUAAAGUUGGAUGCAUGAAGAGGAAGGUUGCGGAAGGGAUCGAUGUGUAAAACGGACCGGAGUCAUCCAUGAGGAAAAAGCAAAAAAUAAUAUGACAUGUGACAUAAAGACGUUCAUUUUAAGGAGCUAUUGAGUCAAAGACCAAAACAAUUAACCAAGCAAUGUAGAGGAACUUCAAGUUCUAUGUCACUCGAAAAUAAAAUUCAUAUCUUCGCGCCACCGUGUAAUAUCCUCUGUAUAUUACAUCAAAAAGACUCGAAAAACGUAAAUAUCGAUAACCUGAUCCUAUAUAAGAUCUUUAUGAGUGAAAAAUGUUUCAAAAUCGUCUCUUUUUUAAUUGUAGGAAGCAAUGGACUUUAUCCACAGGGAGCAAGGCCCAGCCGAGAUCGCCGUAACAACAGUGCAAUCGUUACUCGUUAUUGUAAACAUCACUGGAAACUCUUUUGUUUGUCUUAUCAUAGCAAAGAACAAAGACAUGAGGUAAGUACCGGUAUACCUAUACUGUCCGCAACAUUUACCGUUUUUUUAUAAGAAAAAUAGCCCGUAAACUUCUCACUCCAGAGCAUUAUAAGAGCAACAAAAGCAAACAGUGAAAAGACAAAGUAAAUAUUGUUUUCGACGUUUUAGUAUGCAUUUCCUAAUUAACCUUGAAUAUGGGGGUCGAACUAAUGGGCUUGCAGGUUGAAAUUGCAUAAUCUCCCCUCAAGAGGUUUCUGGCGCGCGAUCCGCAAGUCACCCACAGCUCAUCAGUGUUCCUUUUUUGAUCUUUAUACAGUUGACUCUAGAUAACUCGAACCCUCGCUAACUUGCGCGAACCUCGCGCAAACUCGAACCAUAGUCGAUUUCCUCUCGAUGUCUGGAUUCAUACUUCAACUGUAAUAUUAUCCUCGGUUACUCGAACCCUCGAUAACUCGAACCUCCCGCUAACUCGAAGUAAUUUUUGUUUUCCUUCAAGUCACCUCUACAUAAUUUUACCCUCGAUAACUCUAACCACGUUUUAAGCCCGUGACAAGUCGGAAAAUAAAAAUAGUGUACUGAAAGUCCGAAACAUUGAAUUUAUUUCAAAACAAUCAUGUCAAUUCCUUUUCUCUACAUUUUUGUCACUCCACUGUUUAAUUCAAAUUCAGUGUCUACCCAAGUAUCUUAAUCAAGCUUUGUUGCUUAAUUCCUUUUUCAAAAUAUCAAUCUAAUAAUAAUAAUAAUAAUAAUGGUGUAUUAACAGUGUAUCCACCUAGUGGCACUUCACCUGUUAAAAACUACAAUAUAAAAAAUGAAAAACUAUAAUAUACUACAAAAAAAAUUGAAUUGAAAUCCACCAUAUAAAAAGCAAAAAUAUUGGACUAUAAAAGGAUAUUGAAUAAAAAAUAAAAUUGUUAUAAAGAUUAGUAAUAGUAAUACAACCCUAUAUACAAUUUACAAACUAUUUACAAAUGUUAUUUAAUAGAUAGGCAGUAACUUCCCUACACUAUACUUUGAAAUCGCUACAGUUUCUAAUAUUUGCCGGAAGGACAUUAAAUAACUUGGCAGCAGAGUCUUGAAAAGUGCCCUUCUCCAUUGGUAAAAUAGUAAUCUUGUUGUUGCUCCUGACCGCAACGAUCACAGAUGUUUAACUAUAUCUCUUGCUGCCCUGAACUGAGAGAAGUAAGCAUAAUACUUGAAUUCCCUCCACAUCCAUUUGCUUAUGUGCUUGUGUCGGGCUAUCUGCUUCGAACCCCCGAGUAACUCGAACUUUUUUCAAUUUCCCUCGAGAGUUCGAGUUAUCGGGAGUCGACUGUUUCUAGAUAUAUUUGGUCUAAUCCAUAUCAAAUAUUCCAAUUUUGGAAAGUUUGUAUUAGAACUCCUACAUCAGAAUGCGCACUCGCAUAUCGCGCUCGUUCACAAAUUAUCGAGCUCAAGAGGGGCUGCUCGCAGUCUACAUAAUUAUGAUCAGUACACCGUGGUCCUCUUUCCUUUUCCGUCCUCUAGACUAAACUCACUAUUAUCAUGUUUCUUUAAAUACUCUUUUCCGAGGGGAACUUACUAAGACAGCUUUUCUGGUUUCCCCAAGGACAUCAAUAAACUAUCUUCUUAUGAACCUCGCCAUCGCAGACAUGACUGUGGCCACAUUUUUACUACCAAGAUAUGUUUUUGUUCACACUUUCACUCAUCCUGAUGGAGUUGCUGGAAACGUGCUCUGCAGACUGCUGACCGGAGGAAAUGUUGCCUGGAUUGGAGGUGGCACAUCAGUUUUUACACUUGUUGCCGUAGCAACUGAACGCUACUUUGCUGCACUUCAUCCCUUUGAAAAAAAGGGGAAGUUUAGUGCUCGUAGAAUAAAGGUAUGCUUAUAUCUUUUGUAUUGAUUUGCGUGUACACCAUGUAAAGCGAAUGAACUCUUUCUUCUGGAAUUAGCGUAAGUGGUUCAUUGACUUUGUCUACAGCUAAUAACUUUUGCGUCAUCAUAGCACACGGCCUUGAUAACCAAACCACUAUUUUCACAACGAUAAAAGUUAGUUUUCAUAACAUUUAGAAGUUACUCUUGGUAUCGUGACUAGCAGAUAUACUCUGACAGGAAAGUGGAAUGAAGAUUGCAGUACUUUCAAUACAUAAUAAUUCACGUGAUUGAGCGAGGCAAGAACCCAUUUCCUGGCCGAUGGAAAGCCCCUGGUAAAAAUUGUGCGGCGGCAGCAAAAAACGUAGUGUAGAAAACAGAGAAAAGUUAGAUGAAACGCGAAAUUGGAAAGUUGGUGUUACCGGGUAUUACUCAUAAAUAUAAACAAGCAUCGCAAGACAAAGGAGCGCGUGGCUGGGGCAAACCUUACCUUUGGGAAGCAAAAGUGCUAAUUAACAUUUGUAAACUGGUACAACAUGUCAUGAAACAUUAUAAUUUUGUAUACAUAUUUCAGAUGACCAUCGCUUGCUCUUGGAUCUUUGGGAUCGUCAUCACUUUUCCAAUGUUCCUAGCAAGGAAUUUUGACAAGGAACUUGAUUGGUGCGUUUAUACUUGGUCUGAAGAAUGGAUGGGUAAAGCCUAUAGCAUGGUUUGGUUUCUGUCUACAGGAUUUUUCCCGGUUACUUUCAUGAUCGCUCUAUACUCCCAAGUCGUGUACACUUUGUGGUUCACACGUUCAAAGCCAAGAGGACGUCAGCAUUGUGUGCAACAGGUUCGAAACUAAAAUAAAAACAAAAUGCUAUAUACCAAUUAUUUAUUCCUGCAAGAAAAAGUUCUCUUUAGUUUUCGCCAUGCAAAAAUUCAUUUAUUGAUCAAUCUUGUUCGGUCAAGAUAGCUGUAUUUUGCCCACGGUAUUUUAUGAGGUUUUUAGGGACCUUAAGAUACUCUGGACACGGCCGAGGAGGAUGUCAACCGGAAGUGAAAUGUUCAAUUCUAGGAAAUAAUUAGCAUAAUUCCUAGUAGUAUAGGGCGCACCGGUUAGGCCUCUUUUUUGUGCAGGAAUCUCAUUAGCGUGCGCAGGAAUCAGGAAUAAAUUAACUAGGUGACGUCAUAGGCUAUUGUCUUGAUCUCAUGAAUAAAAUGCUGAGGUAUCUCAUUAACUUGCGGUGGAAUCUCAUUAAUUAUAUCCAGUUUGACGGGUUUAUCAAUGAUGUCAUGUUCUAUUUUUAUCUUGUGGCGGUCAUGGUUGGUAUAACCGGUUUGACAGGUUUUAGUUAUUUUCGGAAGAUGAUGUCAUAUGUAUUCCGGGGUACUAUGAUGGCAUAGUUGUUUUGAUUGGUUGACCGGAAUUAGAAAGACGCUCAUUGGCUGUCUCGUUUGACGAAUCAUUCUGGUUGGUUGCCGUAUUUUUAUUGUUUUUCUCUCCNUAUAUCCAGUUUGACGGGUUUAUCAAUGAUGUCAUGUUCUAUUUUUAUCUUGUGGCGGUCAUGGUUGGUAUAACCGGUUUGACAGGUUUUAGUUAUUUUCGGAAGAUGAUGUCAUAUGUAUUCCGGGGUACUAUGAUGGCAUAGUUGUUUUGAUUGGUUGACCGGAAUUAGAAAGACGCUCAUUGGCUGUCUCGUUUGACGAAUCAUUCUGGUUGGUUGCCGUAUUUUUAUUGUUUUUCUCUCCACCACCACCACCGCAAAAUUUGCUUAUGUCGGGACUGACAUGGUAGGCAAAUGUUCCGCAGCGGCCCGGGGGAGGGGGCUGGGCGCAGCUGGAUUUGUCUGAUGCAUAAUCACGAAAAAACGAACUUGGCCAAUAUCCAACCAUUUUGACCUCCCGCUUGGUCAAUAACGCAUGUGUGUAGGUUUACGUCACCACCGUCAUUUAGUAUAUAAGUGAUUUACCUACAAUCCUAGCUGCUGGUCCCGUAUACUCACCUGCACCAGGGUUUAUUCUGUUCCACAAACAACAAGUUGAAAUUUUUAAUUUUUUUUUUCAGGGUGUGCUGAAAGUACGCAAGCGGGUCACCUUGAUGGUCAUAACAGUCAGUAUCGUUUUUGGAGUAACCUGGCUUACAGACACGUUUAACUGGGUCCUCUACUGCUAUAAGCCUUCGUUCAAUCAGCUGACAUACGCAGCAACUUCCAUUUUGAUCCUGUUCAACUCUGCUAUCAAUCCUAUUAUGUAUGCUUUGGUAAAUCAGCGUUACAAAGAGAAAAUCAAAGGAAUAUUAACUUGCAAGUGCCGUCCAGAACCAAACGGGAUGUUCUAUGUUAAAAAUCAUGAGGAAGUGGAAAUAGCCGUUAUCUCCUUUCACCAAAGCCAAUUAACGGGCGAACGUAGCUGAAGAAGUGAUUUCUGAUAAUUUAAUUUAUUUAAAGAGUUUGCUUUAAUAUGUAUUUAAAACGUGACCGUAAAAACAGCAACUGGUUGGUUAAUUAGAGGCCAACCUUUUACCUUUGAGAUGGAGAAAGGGGCUUGAGUCAGUGUUGGCGGAAAGUGCCGUGUUUGCUGGCAGGCUGGGCUGUGAGGGUCAAUAGGGACCUUACGAAACCACGACGUCGACGGUAAAGGGAACGUCAAAAAACAGUAGGUUUAAUGAGCAAAACAACAACUCUGCACGCGCAUUCCGCUUUUUUGUACAUUUCAAGUUUGCCUUCACUGCACAUGACUACGACGUGAAAUAGCCAAAUUUAAACUUUACGUGGAAACGGGAACGGGCAAGGGUGAUAAAUUCUACCAUCUCUGUCCGAACUUGAGCGCGUUCCCAUCUCUUCAGCCCCGAGGGGGGGGGGAUACUCCUGCGAAUUUUGGAUAGGGGUGUGCCGCGAAGGUUCGUGAACCCUAACCCUAUUUAAGGGUAAUUAUUUCUUCUCUGUAACAUUGGAUGUAUAGCAUAACGACCGAGAACCUCAAAAACCAUACCCUAUUCCGCGGCACGUACCUAUAUAGCCCAUAUAUGGGAGUACCCCCCCCCCCCGGGUCUUCAGCUCCAGCUAAAAUCCCCUUCUUUUAAGUAACAGGGCGAAUUAUAGGAUAAACGCGAAAAAGUUUAAAAUGAUGCGAAGUCUGUUUUUCAGCAACGUUUACAUGGACGUCGCCGUUGUCGGAUCGUAAGUUCCCUAUUAAUCGAGCCAAAAAGUCAUCAAGAAUAUGGCAUACAAAAUAAGAUGGGUAGAUAGAUAGAUAACCUUAUUUAAACACGGUUAAAAUUCCUUCAGCAUGUACAAAAAAUCUAAGAUCUAUUAUACCUAACUAAACUAACUUUGAUUAAAAAUAUAUUCAUAAAAUUUUAACUACCUAGCUAUUACAAAUAAAGCUGCUUUUCAAGGAUGCCGUGUAAAACUUUAUUAAUGUAUGAUCACAUUUAAAACUGUUGCGACACACACAUGGGAUAGGCUGUUCCACAGCUUAGCUCCGCUAUAGAAGAAACUUUUCUUUAAAUAAUUGGUACGGGGCAGUGGAAGGACUAAUUUAUUUUCAGUAUUCCUCAAUCGAUAACAAGUUAUUUCGUCACGAGAUACAAAUUUAGAUGUUAGAUAGUCGGGAGUCAUCCCAUGUACGGUUUUAUACAUCAUAAUAGCCGUCGAUAAUUGUCUUUGGUGUUUAAGCUUACGCCAACCAAGUGCCAGGAACAAAUCGUCCACAUUACAAUCAGAAUUAGCGGACAUUAGAAUACGGGCUGCGCGAUUUUGGAGCCUCUGCAGCUUAUCGGAAAGACCAAUGCCGCAGUUGCUCCAUACGACAUUACAGUAAUCAAAAUGCGGUUGAAUUAAACUGUCGUAAACAUUAAUUAAUACAUUAAAAGGAAUAAGAUGUCGUAUUCUUUUAAUUGCACCCAAAGCAGAAGCAAUCUUUUUACAAAUACUCUGUAUGUGGCAUUUCCAGCUUAAGUUUUGGUCAAUAUGCACUCCAAGAGAUUUUGCCGUUGACACUUGCAUCACGGGAUGGUCGUUUAUCAUAAAAGGAGGAGUUUCAGAAAGCUUUGAUAGCCUUUGCCUCGACCCAACUAACAUAAACUCAGUUUUAGUCAAGUUAAGGGUCAGUUUGUUAGCCGAUAGCCAUAUAUACACCUUGUUUAAAUCGUCGUUAACGCAGUCAUUUAUGAUGAGUUUUAAAUCUGCGCUGGCAUAGGUUAGGCUGGUGUCAUCGGCAUACAUUCUAGGUUGUGAAAAAUGCAAGCAAUUAGGUAGGUCAUUAAUAUACAGUAAAAACAAUAAAGGUCCAAGAAGUGUUCCCUGGGGAACACCACAUAUAACUAAUUUUAGGUUUGACAUUGAGCAAUUAAUUUGGCAAGUUUGGGUACGAUUGUUUAAAUGCGAAGUAAACCAUUCGUGACAGGAACCGCGUAAUCCAUAAUAUUGUAAUUUCGUUAAUAAGAUAUGAUGAUCAACUGUGUCGAAAGCCUAUUUUUAAGUCUAAGAAGACAACGGCAUUGACAAGGCCACGAUCAACGUUCACUGCCCAGCUAUCGGUAGCUUCGAGUAAUGCGGUUACAGUAGAAUGUAAAGAACGAAAACCAGAUUGGUAACGGGAUAGAAUACGAUUCUCAGUUAGAUAGUGGUACAACUGGUCGUAGACUACCCAUUCAAAUACUUUGGCCACGACUGGGAUCACCGAUAUUGGUCGAUAAUUGGUGGGAUCAUUUCGUUUACCAGAAUUUUUAUACAAUGGAGUAACCCUAGCCGACUUCCACUCAUCGGGAAAAAUUCCUGUCAACAGUGAUUGAUUAAAUAUUUAAGUAAGAGACUCGGCAAUUAGAUCAGGGCACUCCCUUAAUAAUUUAGCUGAUAUACUAUCUAAUCCAGAGGCCUUUGAUUUACAAAGUUUUGAAAGGAGAGAAUAAAUAUGAGCAGAUGUUAUUUCCUCGAAGACAAACUCCUUAGAAGUUCCACAAAGAAACUCUUUGUAGGUGGUAUCAACAUUCGAAACAUUUCGACUAAGCCUUGGUCCAAUCUCAAUGAAGAAAGUGUUCAACAAUUCAGCAACUUCUGCUUGAUUGCUCGAUUUUAGUCCCUGAUAUUGUAUUUCAUUUAUUACUGUUUUAUUAGAUUUGCGGGAAGUCGAUUCACUGAUGGUCUUCCAGGUCUUACGUUGAUCACCGGCAUAAUUAUUAAAAGAAUUAUUAUAAUAGGCCUUUUUAGCAGCCUUGAUUUCCUGAUUUACUUUAUUUUUGACCUUCCGGAAUCGAUUCCAGGAGGACGCAUCCUUAGUUUUAACAGCUUUUUUCUUUAGCCGGUUUCUGAAAUUCAUUCGUUUUUUCAAAUUUGUGGAAAUCCAAGAAGACUUGGUGGGACGGGUGCGUUCAGUUUUCACAGGGGCGUGCUUAUCACAAACACUUAGGAAUAAUUCUUUCCAUUUUUUCCACAUAUCAUUGGGGUCGUACAGUUCUUUGAUAUCGUCCCACGGUUGCGUCGAAACAUCAUCACGGAAAUUAUUGGGACUUUUGUUUACGAUUACCAACUCUACAACAUACCAUACACGUGUAUUAGAUUGAACCGUAGAACUUUUUGAACCACUGCAAAGCGGAAAGCUAAAUAGGAAUAAUACUUGCAAUAUUAAAAAAGACGGUUCAUGAUCUAAAAGGUCAAUUAGAUAUCGGUUUGGACAAUGAACAGCCUUAUCCGGGGAGGAGAGUCCUUGGAAAGAGUUGUCCGAUAAAAAUCUACAAGGAUUACAAGCUUUGGCGUCCUUUCAUAUUCAGUGAUUGACACUUUUAUAAUAUGUCCUGCUUUGUGUAAGAUUAGAGACCUUUAGAUUCUAGGACGAGAACGACUACGAGUACGAGAUUUCACUUAACGUUUUUUUGUGUAUUCUUGAAUAGACACCCCGGACAGCUUCAUUGUACAUUUUUUCAGGAAAAAAAAAAUAGCACGCAAUGUUAUCUUGAUUAAUAUAAUGCCAAAAUAUGCAUGGUACUUCAUAAACAAAGAUGAUGACGUCUGCUAGCACGUAACAUCACCGUGACAUUUUCUUUGGUCGAACAUGCAUGUCUUUCGCUAUAAAUUUUUCUGCCUUGAUUAAUCACAUGACCAACUAGAAUGGCUUCUAUGAAAGACGUGAAACUUCUUGUGACAUAUCACCAAAAAGAUAUGAAUCAUGUUUAAAUUCAAAAAUAUUUAAAUAACAAAAGCAACAUUUAACAACAGAAAAUUCAUGAAUAAUCUAGUAUUCGUCGUCCAAAUCCAUGUUUGCUUGCCACGUGACACGUGAAGUCUUCGGGGGGGGGGGGAUAAUCCCAUAUAUCGGAUGGGCUAGGUAGGUAAGUACCCCCUGAUAGUGAAUGGUUUUUGAGGAUUUUGAGCCUUUUAACCUCAAGCUAUAUUUGUUUACAUUCACAAUAAAUAAAUUACAAAUACAGACUACCUGCAAAAUAGCGGAGCUAAUCGAGGCAGGUAGUAUGGAGACGUGUCUAUUACCCAGUAUACAAUAUUUUCCUAACGACAUAACUUUAUACAACAAUUACGAAAUUACAAUAAUUACAUGUACAAGCGGCUAGAGGAGUGAUAGAAAACUUGUAGAUGUAGAGGCCAACGAAGCCACAAGCACAUAAAUAGAGAAAAGAAAAGUUUAAAUUUUUUUUAUUUCAUUUAUUAACAAAAGAAAAGUUUAAAUUCUUUUCAUUUCAUUUAUCAACGUAUCUAUAUCAAGAUAAGAGUCCUGUUUUAAGAAGAUUUGAAAUAAGGAUUCAGUUAUUUUUUUCUUGAAUCUAUACUUUGGGAGCUGUCUCAUAACAUCUGGAAUACUGUUCCAACUUUAUUUAGCGUAGUAUAGAGGAUAGAGAAUAACUUGUCAACAUUAGGUUCUCUCUCAGAAAUUAAAGUCUGCCAGUCAAUCUGUAAAUCAUGUAAAAAUUUUCCUUUGAAAUGUGUGAGUAAUCACGAAAAGAGCAUUUCACGUUUUUACCAAUUAUUGUAAGAGAGCGCUCAAUACAAAAUUGAGUAAAGUGAUCAGUAAUAUCCGAAAUUACAUUUACCACUAAUAAUAUCACCAUCAAGUUUAUUUGUAAAUAUAUUAUCAAUUAAGGAGAAGGAGUUGUUAUGCACGAUAGUUGAGCUCAUUUAAUAAAUGAGAUUGAAAGUUUUCAAGAUUGGGGCGGAAAGGUGAGAGCUCAGAGUCAGAGUUAGACUUUUCAUCAAGAUUUAAGCUAAAAAGAUCAAUGUCGAGAAGGCUAGGCAAACGCUCCUGCAGCUUAGUACCAUCAAACUCUUGGCCGUUGAACUCAAGGCAUGUCAAGGCUCGCUUCAUCUUCUUGAUUCAAGAUGGCCGAAGCGCGGCUUUCACUAUUGACAUUUAACUUACAAUACAUUCUUGGUCCGUAACUCGUUGCUCCAGUUUCUUCAACUCUUUUUCAGCUUCCUCGAGCUGCUUCUUCAGCUCUCCGUUACUUUUGAAGGGAUUUACUGAGACGGGCAUUAAAUUUAAAAAUAAAUUGACAGUAACCGGGAGAGUAAAAAGACACGUCCUGUCAGUACACGCACAUGGGCAAGAGUAUCAUUUUUUACCUUGUUGGCCUUGUGUCUUUGGUUUGAUCCAUAGAUAGGAUAACUCAAGUAGUAAUGGAUGGUUUAUUCCAUCCUUUCCAUCUUGUGGAGAAAAAAAGUAAUCCUGAACACGCUCGGAAGAAUUGCAAGGUCUUACGAAUUGUAUAUACGCAGGGACGAAUAUUUUACUAUCCUCAUGGUAUUUGCUUUAGAGGGCUCCAUAUAGAAAAAAAUUGUUUUAAGAUGGAAUGAGUACUCUUUUUGUUCCCAUAAGGGUCCAAAUCAAGAGAGAAUAAUGGACCAAAUGGCCAGCCGGCUCAGUGUUAGACCCCAAGUGAGUUUUAUAAUAACAGGUACAUACGAAGGUAUUGGCCAGCGACUAAUUGGAAUUUGUGUUUAUGUUUCUGUUGUGGUUCGACGGUUUUGGUGACUUUUUUUGUUUAUUUACAGUAAACAUUUUGAAUCUUUCUAGGCCUCGUUUGAUUAAGUUGGCCAAAAUAUGGAAGCCAUUAUUACUUCUUUAAGAUUGCGCGUUAGGCAAGGACGGUGUUGUGUCGACGUAUUAUGAGAUCCAAAAAGGAAGGCUUGAACUUUCCUGGUGUCCUUAUUCGAAUGAUGUAGGAUGGAUGUUACGAUUUGCGGAAAUUAAAGGCUUUUUAAUGAUGGCUCGUUUGUGUCUAGUGUGUCUAGCUCUGUCUAGAUCCUGUACUCUGACAAUGCUCUGUCCAGAGGCACAUCCCCGUAUUGGCCAUAUAAGGAAGUACAAGUUUAGGACUGUUAAUAAAGUUAAAUGGUUUGAAUGAGAGGAGAUGUUACGUGCUAGCAGACGUCAUCAUCUAUGUUUAUGAAGUACCAUGCAUAUUUUGGCAUUAUAUUAAUGUUGACAAGAUAAGUUGAAUCACUCUCAAAAAAUUAUUACAAAGUGCAAUGGAAUUAUUACAAAUUGCGACAACUUAGUUUAUUACAAAGUGCGAUGGACUGUUAUUACAAAUUGCGACAGCUUUUUUAUUACAAAGUGCGACAAGGUUUAUUACAAAUUGCGACAGGAAUUACAAAGUCGGAUGGAUUUAUUACAAAUUGCGACAGGUAUUACAAAGUGCGAUGAUUAUUACGAAUUGCUACAGUACACACACCUGCUGAGUAAAUGUUUAUAUCGUGAUGAUAGACUUUAGACUUCCCGUUUUUUAAGCAUAUGUUUGACAGUUCUUCCACCAGCUUCGAUAGAGCAAGCAGAGGAAAAACGCAGGAUUAGAAUUCACAAAGCCACUUACCAGGUAUUUGCAAAAUCGGUAAAAACUGUUUCUUUUAUUUGAAUACCUAAGUCGUGCGAAAAAAAAAGAUAAUUAUGAUACGAUAAUAAAGCUGGAUGCAUGAACAGGAAGGUUAGGAAGGGAUCGAUUUGUAAAACGGAGUCAUCCAUGAGGAAAAAGCUAAAAAUAAUAUUUCAUAAUAUUCAUUUUAAGGAGCUAUUGAGUCAAAGACCAAAACAAUUAACCAAGCAACGUAGAGGAACUUCAAGUUCUAUGUCAUACAGAUAUAACGUGGCACUUUACAAACAAAUGCGCGCCUUUUAGGUAAACAUUGGUAUUGGUGAUUUGGAGUGAACAUUUCCUUUUCGAGCUUCUCUUUAGUAUUGACAUUUUAUUCGUUCAUAUUGCAAUAGAUGCUGAACACGGAUUACCUUUUGCGGCAGGGCAUCAGCAAUCGUAAAUAACUUUAUAGAGGCUUAUUUAUUUCUUCCACGCAGAAGUGCGAUCUCAUUGGCCCUGCUUUUUUAGUCGGUCGACUUAAUGCCAUGUGUAAUAAUAUAUAUUAUAACAACAAGACUCGAAAACCUUAAAUAUCGAUAACCUGAUCCCAUAUAAGAUCUGUAUGGGUAAAAAAUGUCUCAAAAUCCUCUUUUUUUUUAAUUGUAGGAAACAAUGGACUUUAUCUACAGGGAGCAAGGCCCAGCUGAGAUCGCCGUAACAACAGUGCAAUCGUUACUCGUUAUUGUAAACAUCACUGGAAACUCUUUUGUUUGUCUCAUCAUAGUAAAGAACAAAGACAUGAGGUAAGUGCCGGUAUACCUAUACUGUCCGCAACAUUUACACGUUUUUUAUAAGAAAAAUAGCCCGUAAACUUCUCACUCCAGAGCAUUAUACAGCAACAAAAGCAAAAAGUGAAAAGACAAAGUAAAUGUUGUUUUCAACGUUUUAGGGUGAAUUUCCUAAUUAACCUUGAUCCGAAUGCCCCGUACACCUUAAUCCGAAUGCUCCUAAAUGUCUCAGGAACAGUCUUCAAUUUCUUUGUCUUUCGCGUGGACCUCUGGGCCGUUUUAAAAGAGCCUCUCUCUUCGACUUAAGGUGGCUCGAUACAGUUUUUCAAGGCCAAUACCUCCCAAGUUUGAGCAUAAACUACGUUGCCAUAAACAAAGUUUUGGAAAAAUUGCCACCACAGUUGUAUUAGAUAAAGAUGAAAAUCUUUUAUGAUCAGGGUUGCAAUGACAUCGGAGUUGUUAUAACAACGAAAUGACGCUAUUACCUAUUUUACUUACAGAAGUAUUUCUCGGCACUGGGAACUGUUCUUCCAAAAUCAUUCACGGGAGCUUUUUCCCCCAAUAGCGGCCUCGAUGUUCGUGAAGUUUAAGCGAAAUCUGUAAGAGCGUUAUCGAGAUAUUUUGGAAUAAAGAUUUUAUGGUUUGAAAUACGGUAAAAAAUGGAUAAUCUUGAUGUUCGGCUGUUAUCUGUAGGAAAAUGAAGCGCUUUUUACAUGCAAUUUCACCUCAUAGUAGUUUCAAUCUUCUUAAAAACGUGUGUGAAAGACCGUGGAGAUAUCUCCAGCCGAUUGUUAGAAAGAAGGAUUUGAUUGGUAUGUUUCGAGGCGCUCUUGUUAGCGGUUUUUGAACAUUUUGGUCUACUUUAAAAAAAUAGCGAAUAAUUUUUAAACCGCUCGAUAGAUUUUUUUAAAAAAUUAAUAUAUAUAAUGAAAUAUAUAUAUGAAAUGAUAUAUAUAUGAAAUAUAUAUAUCAAUUUUUUUGCUUUUUGUCUUCUAAAUUUAUUUAUCUAUUUAUUUAUUUUUUGAGGGCCGUAGGUUAGAAAACUGUAAUAGGUUAUUGCGCUUCCCUAUUUAAAUAAAGUUAUUGUAUUGUAUUGUAUUGUAUUGUAUUGUAUUGUAUUGUAUUGUAUUGUAUUGUAUGGUAUUGUAUUGUAUUGUAUGGGGGUCGAAUUAAAGGGCUUGCAGGUUGAAAUUGCAUAAUCUCCCCUCAAGACGUUUUUGCCGCGCGAUCCGCAAGUCACCCAACACUCAUGUUCCCACUCCUUUUUUAAUCUUUAUACAGUUGACUCCCGAUAACUCGAACCCUCGCUAACUUGCGGGAACCUCGCGCAAACUCGAACCGUAGUCGAUUUCCUCUCGAUUUCUGGAUUCAUACUUCCACUGUAAUUUUACCCUCGGUUACUCGAACCCUCAAUAACUCGAACCUCCCGCUAACUCGAUGUAAUUUUUGUUUUCCUUCGGGUCAUUUCUACAUAAUUUUACCCUCGAUAACUCUAACCAUGUUUUAAGCCCGUGACAAGUCGGAGAAUAAAAACAGUGUAUUGAAAAUCGUGUCAAUUCUUUGUCUUUACAUUUUUGUCACUCCACUGGUUAGUUCAAAUUCAGUGUCUAUCCCUGUAUCUUAAUCAAGCUUUGUUGCUUAAUUCCUUUUUCAAAAUAUUAAUUUAUAUCUCUUGCUGCCCUGAAGAGAAGUGAGCCUGAUACUUGCAUUCCGCAUCCAUUUGCUUAUUUGCUUGUGUCCGGCUAUCUGCUUCGAACUCCCGAUAACUCGAACGCCCGAGUAACUCGAACUUUUUAUCCGAUUUCCCUCGAGGGUUCGAGUUAUCGGGAGUCGACUGUUUUUAGAAAUAUUUAGUCUAAUCCAUAACAAAUAUUCCGAUUUCGGAAAGUUCGUAUUAGAACUCCUAUAUCAGAAUGCGCACACGCAUAUCGCGCUCGCUCACAGAUUAUCGAGCUCAAGAGGGGCUGCUCGCAGUCUACGUAUUAUCAGGACGCCGUGGUCCUCUUGCUUCGCCGUCCUCUUGCCUAAACUCACUAUUAUCAUGUUUCUUUAAAUACCCUUUUCCGAGGGGAACUAACUAAGACAAUUUUUCUGGCUUCCCCAAGGACAUCAAUAAACUAUCUUCUUAUGAACCUCGCCAUCGCAGACAUGACUGUGGCCACAUUUUUACUACCAAAAUAUGUUUUUGUUCACACUUUCACUCAUCCUGAUGGAGAUGCUGGAAACGUGCUCUGCAGACUGCUGACCGGAGGAAAUGUUGCCUGGAUUGGAGGUGGCACAUCAGUUUUUACACUUGUUGCCAUAGCAACUGAACGCUACUUUGCUGCACUUCAUCCCUUUGAAAAAAAGGGGAAGUUUAGUGCUCGUAGAAUACAGGUAUGCUUAUCUCUUUUGUAUUGAUUUGCAUGUACACUUCUGGAGUUAGCGUAAGUGGUUCAUUGAAUUUGUCUACAGCUAAAACCUUUUGCGUCAUCAUAGCACACGGCCUUGAGAACCAAACCACUAUUUACACAACGAUAAAAGUUAGUUUUCAUAACAUUUAGAAGUUUCGCUUGGUAUCGUGACUAGCAGAUAUACUGUGACAGGAAAGUGGAAUGAAGAUUGAAGUACUUUCACUGCAUAAUAACGCACGAGGCACGAACCCAUUUCUUGGCCGAUGGAAAGCCCCUGGUAAAAAUUGUGCGGCAGCAGCAAAAACGUAGUGUAGAAAACACCGAAAAGUUAGAUGAAACGCGAAAUUUGAAAGUUGGUGUUACCGGGUAUCACUUAUACUGAUAUAAACGGGCAUCGCAAGGCAAAGGAACGCGUGGCUGGGGCAAACCUUACUUUGGAGAAGCAGAAGUGCUAAUUAACAUUUGUAAACUGGUACAGCAUGUCAUGAAACAUUAUAAUUUUGUAUACAUAUUUCAGAUGACUAUUGCUUGCUCUUGGAUCUUUGGGAUCGUCAUCACUUUUCCAAUGUUCCUAGCGAGGAACUUUGACAAGGAACUUGAUUUGUGCGUUUAUACUUGGUCUGAAGAAUGGAUGGGUAAAGCCUAUAGCAUGGUUUGGUUUCUGCUUACAGCAUUUUUCCCGGUUACUUUCAUGAUCGCUCUAUACUCCCAAGUCGUGUACACUAUGUGGUUCACACGUUCAAAGCCAAGAGGACGUCAGCAUUGUGUGCAACAGGUUCGAAACUAAAAUAAAAACAAAAUGCUAUAUACCAAUUAUUUAUUCCCGCAAGAAAAAGUUCUCCUUAAUUUUGGCCAUGCAAAAAUUCCUUUAUUGAUCAAUCUUGUUCGGUCAAGAUAGCUGGAUAUUGGCCAUGGUCUUUUAUAAGUUUUUAGGGACCUCAAGAUACUCUGGACACGGCCGAGGAGGAUGUCAACCGGAAGUGAAAUGUUCAAUUCUUGGAACUAAUUACCGUAUUUAUUCGAAUAAGCGCCCAACCUCGAAUUAGCGUCCACCUCGAUUUAGCGCCCAUCCUAAAGGCAGAAAAAGUUAAUAAGCGCCCAGCCUCGAGUAAGCGCCCACCCCCUCCUCCUCCCAAUCAAACUCAAAUAAGCGCUCACCCCCACCCCCACCCACUUGAGUGAAUAAAUUUUAAUAAGAGACUUUCCCGAGGACGGAGUUAUCUUCAGAGUAUUUUACAGAAACCUUGCUUUGUUACUUCUUCGCGUUUUGUUAUUAGCAUUUAUUGUUUUGUUGCAAAAUAAACAUACUUCACUUGCUGAAAUUGCUUUAACAAGCGCCCAGCCUCGAAUAAGCGCCCUCUCUCAAGGUCCAAACAUUUAAUAAGCGCCCAGGGCGGUUAAUCGAAUAAAUACGGUAGCAUAAUGCAUAGUUUCGCCGCCUCCUUAAACUGUGAGUUGGUUUCUUGUUUUCAGUACAGAAAUUGCUUUUCAUACAGGAUUUUCGAUCCAUUUUACUUCAUGAGACACAUUUAAGUGUUUUUAGUGUGGUGUUUCCUCAAGAUUGACUCUUAUAUUUUUGCUAUCAAGCCUUUUGGGUUCAGUGUUUUGGCGGCAACUGAGAAUGAAAGCGCACAGUCCUUUGACACAAAUGUAACGCUAUAACUGCUUAUUUUUAAGCGACGACGUUCUCGAUUUAGGAUAGUAUUUGAAAACUUUAAGAGACGAGAAGAACAAAAAUUGUUGGAAAACAAAAAUCUGGGCUUGUAAUAAACUGGGCGAAAAUUGAGAUCUUGAACAAGACGUCAUCAUGGUCCAUUUAUUAACUUUUAAAAUUUCAUUUUGUUCACUUUUCAGUUCAGCGAUGAAGAUCAAAAGCUCGGGGUUGGCCCCGGGGUGGGCAAAUGCCCGACCCCCGGGCCACGCGAAAUUUGGUUAUGUCGGGACUGACAUGGUAGGCAAAUGUUCCGCAGCGGCCCGGGGGAGGGGGCUGGGCGCAGCUGGAUUUGUCUGAUGCAUAAUCACGGAACUUGACCAAUAUCCAACCAUUUUGACCUCACGCUUGGUCAAUAACGCAUGUGUGUAGGUUUACGUCACCACCGUCAUUUAGUAUGAGUGAUUUACCUACACUCCUAGCUGCUGGUCCCGUAUACUCACCCCCAACAGGGUUUAUUCUGUUCCACAAACAACAAGUUGAAAUUUUUAAUUUCUUUUUUCAGGGUGUACUGAAAGUACGCAAGCGGGUCACCUUGAUGGUCAUAACAGUCAGUAUCGUUUUUGGAGUAACCUGGCUUACAGACACGUUUAACUGGUUCCUCUACUGCUAUAAGCCUUCCUUCAAUCAGCUGUCAUGCGCAGCAACUUCCAUUUUGAUCCUGUUCAAUUCUGCUAUCAAUCCUAUUUUGUAUGCUUUGGUAAAUCAGCGAUUCAAAAAGAAAAUCAAAGGAAUAUUAAAUUGCAAGUGCCGUCCUGAAUCAAACGGGGUGUUUUCUGUAAAAAAACAUGAGAAAGUGGAAAUAGCCGUUAUCUCGUUU